CCUUGUAGCGUCUCUCACAUCAACACAAACAGUCGCAGCCGGCCACGACGUCGUGUGAAGGCGGCGCGGAGGUUAAGCCUUGAGGCUCUUCCUCCUCGCUCCUUCCCAUCCCCCCCCCUUUCGCCCAGUGGGCAACACUGAAAACAAUUGGCGCCCAAGCAGACCUUGCUGCGCGUCGGUUCCCCUGCGCUCUUUUGUUUUUUUUAAACACCCCCUCCCCCUCUACUACCUUUCCGGUCGCCUGCCGGAUUCAGAGGACGCUGCGGAAGGGAUUCACUUGCAGUUGUUGAUCUGCACAGAAUUGGAUCCUUUUCUACAUGGAAACAUCAACCAAGCAUCUGCCAAUGUAUUUGCAAAGUUAAUUGUGAAUUAUUGGACAAAAUCAUCAUGGGAGGAGCUGUGAGUGCAGGAGAAGACAAUGAUGAUUUAAUUGAUAAUUUGAAAGAAGCACAAUAUAUUCGCACUGAGAGAGUGGAACAAGCCUUCAGAGCUAUUGAUCGUGGUGAUUACUAUCUGGAAGGAUAUAGGGACAACGCUUAUAAAGAUUUGGCUUGGAAGCAUGGAAAUAUACAUUUAUCAGCACCUUGCAUAUAUUCUGAAGUAAUGGAAGCCCUGAAACUUCAACCAGGAUUGUCUUUUCUUAAUCUGGGUAGUGGAACUGGCUAUUUAAGCACUAUGGUGGGAUUGAUAUUAGGCCCUUUUGGAAUAAAUCAUGGAAUAGAACUUCAUCCAGAUGUGGUGGAAUAUGCAAAGGAAAAACUGGACAGCUUCAUAAAAUGUAGUGAUAGUUUUGAUAAGUUUGAAUUUUGUGAACCUGCGUUUGUAGUUGGCAACUGUUUGCAGAUAUCAUCUGACAGUCAUCAGUAUGACAGGAUUUACUGUGGAGCUGGUGUCCAGAAAGACCAUGAGAACUACAUGAAAAUCUUAUUGAAAGUUGGAGGCAUUCUAGUUAUGCCCAUAGAAGAUCAGAUCUCAAAGGGCUUUUCUACGCUAACCCAAAUUCUAAGAACUGGACAAAAUACUUGGGAAAGUAAAAAUAUCCUUGCUGUUUCAUUUGCUCCACUUGUGCAACCAAGCAAGAGUGACAACAGCAAAAAUGAUACAGUGGGACUGCCUCCCUGUGCUGUUAGAAAUCUACAGGACUUGGCUCGGAUCUAUAUUAGGCGCACUCUUAGAAACUAUAUAAAUGAGGAGUUGCAAGCCAAAGGCAUUAUUCAGAAACCGCCACCAAAACGCAAACGCAGAAGAUGCCGUAGGCGCAGGAUUAACACCUAUGUGUUUGUAGGUAAUCAGCUCAUUCCUCAGCCUCUAGAUAGUGAAGAAGAUGAAAAGAUGGAAGAAGACAAUAGAGAGGAAGAAGAGAAAGAUCACAGUGAAGUCCUGAAACCCGAAGAACCCCCUCAAAAUCUCUUGCGGGAAAGAAUAAUGAGCUUACCACUCCCUGAAUCACUAAAAGCCUACUUGACAUACUAUAGAGAAAAAUAACUUGUUUAAAGUAGAAGUGAUAAUGCUGACUUGAUAGUUCCAUUAUUCUUGAAAUGUAGCAUUUACUAAGAAAUAGGUGGACAAAUACCAGUUGUCUUUCUGCAAGACGAAUUGCAGUGAUGAAAUGAACCUUAACCUGUCUUAACUUUGCUACAGGGACUUGCAUUCAGCAGUAGACUCCUGUUUUAAAUGCAUUUUUGUUACCUUUUGAAAAAGAUGCUCUUUUAACUCUGAUAUAUUCCAAAGCAGUAUGCAGCACUAAUUAAUUGUUUGCAUGAUAAAACUUUUUGCCCUGACAAAUUUGUAUUGAAGAACAUUAGUGAAAUUUUGUAUCUGUGAAUAAUUGAACAAAAAUGUUCAGACAUCGAUAGGAUGUCUGCAUUAAAUUCUCUUAAGAAAUUUUUUAAACAUGCAAACAUUUCUCAUCUCAUAUUGAACUUGAACCCUUUCUUAUUUUACCAUGGCUAUGUUGCAAUCAUUGUUACUCUCUUGAUGUAAAUGUAUUCCAAGGAAUACAUGAGUGCAAUAACUUUGUGUGCAGACACUGAAUGAGCUGGCUUUAAUAAAGUAUAAAUGUUCAGAAUCAGAAAUGUCAGUCAGCCCUGCUACACUUUCUUUUAUAUCUCUUGCCAAAAGAUCUCAAGAAAAGUGGCUGCUUUUUUCAGAGCCUUAACAAAAAAAUGUUGAUUAUAAUGUUUUUUUAAAGUACUUCAACCCUAUGUCAUUAGCACCAACCUAUGAUACUUGUGAAGAUUUCUCAACUUUUCACCAUUUAUGAAAAGUAGUUUCUUUUUAAAUUUCAUGGUACUGAAAGAAUAUUUCAUAUAUAGAAGAUUGUAAUUUAGGUUUCAACUACUAUAUUUAGUACUUAAAUGGAGUAGAAUAUGUAAAAAAAAAAUAGUCAGUACUGUUUGUUUGCAUAGUUGUAAUAGUAGCAUUUUUAAAGGUUUGUUCAGCAGGUGCACUUUAAGUGAAUUCUGUUCCUUAUUUAUCUCAGAUAAGGCAAGGUUCUUAUAUUUGCUAUCAAUAUUCUUCCUUUUUGAAAUUAAUAAAGAGUUGCAAGCUUGGGGACUGA